CCUCAUCUAUCGAAACCGAAGGUAGGGAACCGUACAACAUACAAAUUUUACUCACAGUCUGCAUAUUGGUAUUUAAUACAAACAUUUACCACAUGAGCUACAUAACAAGGAUGAGGCGGUUGUGUUCUGGUGUAAAGAAUGAAGAGUUCCCCAGCUAACCGCAGCCGGGACAUCGAGCGGCAGGCCGGUUAUCUGCGUCCGGAGCACUGCGUCCCACCGUCUCCACGGAUGAGCUCUGCAGAUGACAUGUGGUUCAUCCGUGACUGCUGCGGCAUCGCGUGUGGUGUCAUCACGUGGCUGCUGGUGAUUUAUGCCGAGUUUGUUGUCGUGUUUGUAAUGCUGCUGCCAGCGAAGAACUUGGCAUACAGCAUCAUUAAUGGGGCUCUGUUUAACGGGCUCGCCUUUCUCGCCCUGUCAUCACACUUCAAAGCCAUGUGUACCGACCCGGGAGCCGUUCCAAAGGGAAAUGCCACUAAAGAGUUUAUUGAGAGUUUACAGUUGAAGCCGGGACAGGUGGUUUAUAAAUGUCCUAAAUGCUGCAGUAUUAAACCCGACAGAGCUCAUCACUGCAGUGUGUGUAAACGCUGCAUUAAGAAGAUGGACCAUCACUGUCCAUGGGUGAACAACUGUGUCGGAGAAAACAAUCAAAAAUACUUUGUGCUUUUCACUAUGUACAUUGCUCUGAUUUCUCUUCAUGCCCUCCUCAUGGUGGCGUUUCAUUUUGUCUUCUGUUUGGAAGACGACUGGACAAAGUGCAGUAGCUUCUCUCCUCCAGCGACAGUCAUCCUCCUCAUCAUCCUGUGUUUUGAGGGUCUGCUCUUCCUCAUUUUCACCGCUGUGAUGUUUGGAACGCAGAUUCACUCCAUCUGUAAUGAUGAAACCGGUAUCGAGCAGCUGAAAAAGGAGGAGAGAAGAUGGAUGAAGAAAUCAAAGUGGAUGAAUAUGAAGGUGGUGUUCGGUCACCCGUUCUCUAUCUCCUGGUUCAGUCCGUUCGCCACACCGGAUCAAGGAAAGGCCAAUCUGUACCAGUAUGUGGUGUGAGACGGGGUCUGGUUUCUCUGUGACAUGAGCUCAUCACAUCUAACACCAAACAAUCAGCUUUCCUCUUUUCUUGAAGAUCUUAUUUUUAACCUGAAGAUUUCACUGAUGUCUUGCACGUUUCACCCAGAGAAAUAAUCAAUCAAGAACACAUAAAACUGACCACAGAGAGAAACAUUGAUGUACUCAGGGGCAAAGCAAACAUUAUAACUGUUUGUGUUCACAUCAUAAUUAUAUUUGAUGGCUUCAUAUGACCCACACUAUAAACAGUAUCAUUUAAAGAUGAAUACAAUGCUUAUGAAUGGAUGAAGUUCAAAUGUGUGAAUGAAAUCUGGAGGCUGACAAGAUUAUUCCAGACUUUAGAUCCAUCAUGUGUGGAAUGGUAACUACACUGUUUUCUUCGUCUAAAUGCCUUUAUAUUAGUUGAUCGAUUAAGAAAUGCCUUCACUUGUAGAGAUAUCAGACUAUAACACACAAGCCUUCGACCAGGACACGACACAGAAAGGAUGAAGUUGGACUAUAUAUUAUAAAGAUGUCUCUAAGUUUUGUCUUUCUUGAUCUCAGACACUAAUGAAAGAAUCUUAAAAAAACACGUCCAGUUAAAAUAUUUUAUAUUUAGCAUAUGAAAUGUAUCAAAUAUUUUCUUGACAAUCAUCCACAUUUUUAAACAAAUUCUCAUUACCGUAGUGCAGCAUUUUACUUUUGAGAUUUCAAAAUGGAUUUUUUUCAGUAUUGGUUAUUGACAUGCUGUUAUGAGAAUUGUGUGCUUGUUUGUCAUGAAAAUAAUUUAUCUCUGUAGUGUUAAAAAGACAAAUGUAUUUAUUUGAUUCUGGGGUGAAAUAUGAUUCAGAUUUUAUUCAUGAAUGCAGUUGCUGGAUAUCACAUGACUAUAGAAAGACAUUUUCAUUGUAAAGGUGCUCAGACCGUCUCACUGCAGUAUUCAAACACGAGUCUUGAGUCCUGUCGUCUGCUAUGUUUAGUGUUUGUUAAGCACAAUGCUUCAGAUGACCUCAGGGUUCACAUGAUGUUACUUCUCCAGACCAUCAGACAGACCUUAUCUUUCAGCCUGAAGAUCAGAUUAUCACCUCAGCAGCUCAUAAACUGUAGAGACUGACAGCCGGAUGUUUGCAUAUCUUUAUAUCUCUGUAUUAAGUUAACUCCUGGAUCUGAAAGGUGAUUGGAUGGAUUGGUUUCUGGUCAUUUGUUCCCAGCAUGCAUUGCUGCUGAGGUUCGAGGGGCGAGACAUGACACAACUGAUAUAUAUCUCACAAGACUUGACAUUUGUUAUUCUCUUCAUUUAUUCUGUUUCUCUGUGAAUGAUUUGCGCGCAUGUUUUUUUUAUAUCUUGAUGUUGUUUUGGGUGAGUCGGGAUGCUUUCAUUUUGAAAGUCUGUUUAAUAAAUCUCUUUUUUUCCA